AUGUACAAUAAUAGCACUGAUGCAACCGUGGGAUUUGUCCUACUCGGCUUCUCUGAGCUGCUCUGCCUGCGCCUCCUCCUCUUCCUUAUCUUCCUCAUUAUCCACUUGGCCACAUUGGCAGGGAACCUGAUGAUCUUCCUGGCAGUGGUCACGGAGCCUUCCCGUCCUCCUAUGCUUUUCUUCCUCUGCCAGCUCUCUGCCAUCGAGCUCUGCUACACCUUGGUCAUUGUGCCCAAGGCGCUGCUGGGCCUGAUGCUGGGGGGUGGCAGCACCAUUUCCUUCACGGGCUGUGCCGUGCAGAUGCACCUCUUCGUGGCGCUCGGCGGGGCCGAAUGCUUCCUGCUGCUGGCCAUGUCCUACGACCGCUACGUCGCCAUCUGCCAGCCCCUCCACUACCCGGUUGUGAUGAGCGAGGAGCUGUGCCUGCGGCUGGCCCUGGCCUGCUGGCUGGGAGGCUUUGCUGCUGCCCUCGGGCUGACGGCGGCCGUUUUCCGCUUCCCUUUCUGCCAGUCGCGUCGUAUCGACCACUUCUUUUGUGAUGUUCCCGCUGUGCUCCACCUGGCCUGCACGCAGAGCUACAGCCCCGAGCUGGCCCUGCUGGCGGCCUGCGUGCUCCUCCUGCUGCUCCCCUUCCUCCUGAUCCUCACCUCGUACCUCUGCAUUGCUGCUGCUUUGUUGGGUACCACCUCCUCUGCAGGCAGAGACAAGGGCUUUUCAACCUGCAUCUCACAACUGACCAUCACCCUGCUGCACUAUGGGUGUGCCACCUUCAUCUACAUCCGUCCUAAGUCCAGUUACUCGCCGGCUCGGGACAAGGUGGUGUCACUGGUCUACACCAACAUCACUCCAUUACUGUAUCCCCUCAUUUAUAGCCUGAGGAACAAGGAGAUCAGAGAGGUCCUCAGGAAAAUGUUGAGGAGGAAGAAAGUAGCUCUGCAGAGCUGGGACACAAUCAGGCCUGUGAUAUGUGCGUGUGGUGAAUUUUACUAG